AAAUGGGUGAAGUCUCUUAGAGCAUUACCAUCGGAUCCAAAUAAUAAUGAUUUCUUGAAAACCGAUUACAUUGAUGUAAAUUUGAAUAAUUCUCGUAAAUUGAUUACAAAUUUGAAUAAUUUAACUGAAUCAAGUGAUGUUGGGGUUCAACAGUUAAACGAGGUUAAUGAGAGUUUAAUUCGGUUACAUAACAUUCGGAAUGAAUUGAGUUGGUUGAAUAAUCUA